AUGGGAUCCAAUCUACCAUGUAUGUACACACCCCCCAGGCUGCAGCUGUUCUACUUGUGCACCAGAACUAACCACGUCGUUGCUCUAGAUGCGGCCGAUGCGGAGAGUCCGUUGAAGCCAGCAGAGCUCCAGGUCCUGCGAGCACAGUAUGAGAAGGAGGGCGACUAUGUGGGAAUCCAGACGAAGUUCAACUACGCAUGGGGCUUGAUCAAAUCCAACGCUCGCACCGAUCAACAAGAAGGCGUCCGUCUCCUGUCAGAGAUCUUCCGCGCCUCCCCGGAGCGCCGGCGGGAAUGCCUCUACUACCUAGCCCUCGGGAACUACAAGCUUGGGAACUACGGCGAAGCCCGACGAUACAACGACCUCCUCCUGGAGAAGGAGCCGGCGAACCUCCAAGCGGCCAGCCUCGGAUCGCUCAUCGAUGACAAGGUCUCGAAAGAGGGUCUGAUGGGGAUUGCGAUCGUAGGUGGUUUGGCUCUGGCAGCUGGACUGGUGGGUGGAAUCGUCUUCAAGGGUGCUGCCAAGAGACGAUGA